GGUCCUUAGGGGCACAGGGGCAUGGGGUUGGCACAAGGAGUUCUACARUCUGCCCCUCCCGGUCACUCCCCGAGUUCUAGUUUUACAAUUAACAAUUAACCUCAUUAACACAAAGGACAUGGUUUCGGUCACUAAUUAGGAUGAAAUCUGAGAGUAGGUGCGAUUUUAAUCUCAUCAGUAUGAGGGGAGAUGGUAGGUAUGGAUUUUGGGCCAUAAUUAGCAUGAUAUGCAAAACAGGAUCCUGUAAGACAAGUACCCCCAACAUCAAGCAUCUUAUUUGUGACCCCUCUUCYUGAGCUUGUGCAAUUACUCCCUCGUCACUCAAAACCGCAAACGAAAAUCGGAUUUGACAGUAUCGGUUUCGGUCCAGGCCAGGCAGACCUGAAAGGUGGCUCCAUUGCGAUAGUGCGGAGGCACCUGUGGAGAUUUUGAGCRCAGAGAGCUCAUUAAACGUCAAUUCUUCAAAUGCCAUCACCGUCAUUAAAUGACAGGGUGGCGCGGGGGACAGUGAGGUGGCACAGGGGAUGCGUGGCUCACCCUCCUGCCUGCUCCAGUUACUCUGCUGUCCCUCCUCAGCUGCCGGCGGCUCACGGAGCAGAGGAACCCGUGCCACAGCGGGCUGACAGCUGGGCAAAGGUCCUGCUCUGACCUCUGUCCCCAGCGCCACCCCACGCCCAGCCAGAUCCCGCACCCGGCCAUGGAGCUGCUGGGGACACUGAGCCCCCCGUGGUGGCUCCUGCUGCUGCUGCUCCUGGGGCUGCUGAUCUGGCUCAGGCGCAGAAGCCCCUGGGACCCCCGCAAGUGUCCCACCGACCUGACAGGCAAGACAGUGAUUGUCACCGGAGCCAACAGCGGCAUCGGCAAGUGCGUGGCCAUGGACCUGGCACGCCGGAACGCCCGCACCAUCCUGGCGUGYCGGAGCCGGGAGCGGGGCCAGGCAGCCGUGGAGGAGAUCCAGGCGGCCACCGGGAACCCGGCGGUGGUGCUGCGGCUGCUGGACACCAGCUCGCUGGCCUCGGUGCGCGCCUUYGCCAGCGCCGUGCUGCGCGAGGAGCCGCGGCUGGACGUGCUGGUGAACAACGCCGGUGUCACUGGGCUGCCCUUCACCAUCACAUCAGAGGGGUUGGAGCAAACCUUCACCACCAACUACCUGGGCCCGUUCCUGCUCACCAAUCUGCUCCUGGACCUCCUGAAGGCCUCAGCGCCCGCCCGGGUGGUCAACGUGUCGUCGCUCCGGCACAGAGCGGGCACGGUUGACUGCGAGUUCCUCACGGGGCAGCGGCAGCCGGGUGGGUACGAUGCUGCCUACCGCAGCACGAAGCUGAUGAACCUGCUCUUCACCACCGAGCUGGCACAGCGCCUGCAGGGCACAGGGGUGACAGUCAACGCGAUCAGUCCCGGCGUGGUGAACACCGGCAUCAUGCGCCACUUCAGCUACACCGUGCGAGCAGUCUUCAGCCUCUUCCGGCCCUUCAUGAAGUCAGCCGAGCAGGGCGCUGCCAGCACCAUCUUCUGCGCUGUCUCGGAGGAGGCUGAGGGCAUCUCCGGGAAAUAUUUCGACAGCAACUGCCGGCUGUCGCUGCCCUCGGAGGCCGCGCGUGACACCGCGCUGGCACGGAAGCUCUGGGAGGCAUCGGAGAGGCUGACRGGACUCACCAAGCAGGACUGAGCCACCACGAUGUCACCCCUCAGCAGGGCGGGAAGGGGACACGGAUACUGCUCUGCUCCCCCUGUACCCACCCUGUGCCACUCGGGGAUGACGCAGUGCCAGCCUGAUGUGACCGUCACACUUUUAUUAAAGCCCUCGGCGCCACACGCGCCGCUACUCCCAGG